ACAAACUAACAGGUGUCCUCCUCCUGGCUUCAGGUCCUCAGUUAGUCAGUCCGUCACAGCAACUCACCGAUCAACCACACGCGUUUCCUUCCCUUUAUUCUAACCUUUAAAAGACUCCAACCGGACACUUAAAUCCACACAUCAUGCACUCGGCACAGAAAGACACUACCUUCACCAAAAUCUUCGUGGGAGGCCUUCCUUAUCACACCACUGACUCCAGCCUGAGAAAGUAUUUCGAAGUGUUUGGAGACAUCGAGGAGGCUGUUGUUAUUACCGAUCGGCAGACGGGGAAAUCCAGAGGUUAUGGAUUUGUGACCAUGGCAGAUCGGGCCUCAGCUGACCGAGCAUGUAAAGACCCCAACCCCAUUAUAGAUGGAAGGAAAGCCAAUGUGAACCUAGCCUAUCUGGGGGCCAAACCCAGGGUCAUUCAACCAGGUUUUGCAUUUGGCGUGCCUCAGAUCCAUCCUGCGUUUAUCCAAAGACCAUAUGGGAUCCCGGCCCACUACGUCUACCCUCAGGCCUUUGUCCAGCCCAGUGUGGUGAUCCCUCAUGUCCAACCCUCUGCUGCUACAGCAACAGCCGCCGCUGCUGCUGCAACUUCCCCAUACCUUGACUAUACUGGAGCGGCUUAUGCCCAGUACUCUGCUGCUGCCACUGCUGCCGCCGCCGCUGCAGCCGCUGCUUACGAUCAGUACCCCUAUGCGGCCUCGCCAGCGCCCACGAGCUACAUGACCACAGCCGGGUAUGGAUACACUGUCCAACAGCCGCUUGCUACUGCUGCAACACCUGGGGCUGCUGCGGCUGCUGCAGCCUUCAGCCAGUAUCAGCCACAGCAGAUCCAGUCAGAUCGCAUGCAGUAAAACCCCAAAGACCACCUUCCUGCCAGGGAAAAGGGGAGAUUAACUCCUUCAGUGAAGACAUUAAAGUCAUGAGGUUAUCCCUCCAAUAUUUUUUACUUUAUACCAAAGAGCUUGAGGAAAAUAUGGAGACACAUGAGGAAUAACUGUAUAUUUUAUUCAAGUGCGAUCAGUAUUGGAUGUGUAUGAAUAUUUAAUAUUUAUUCAGCAUUAAAAUAUUUCAUGUGAAAUGAACAAAAUUUGCUUGAUCUUAUGUGAACUGUUGCUAAGUUGUAUUUAUAAAGUGCAGGGUCUUUUAUAUGAAACUCCCAAGUGCAUAUUAUAUCUCAUGAUUGGGUUAUUUCUUCUAAGGUUUGACAACAACAAAAAAAACUUGGAUAUACUUGAGAACAGUGGUUUAUAUCAUCAUCCACCUCAGUAUUUCAUAGUUUCGGACCAUUAUUUUGUUUGGAAGGGCUGUGAACAUUAAGACAGUAAGUAAGAGGUUUUUUGUUUUUUUAGGACUAUUUUUUUAACUGCUUUUAGAGUGAAAUACAGUAUUUUCCUUUCAGUGGUUUGCUUUAAAAUGUAUUUCUUGAUCGCACAUGUGAAAUAUGACAACUGAAGCUGGUAAAAGCACUCAUCUUUUCUUCCCUUUGCUUGAGCAAAUGAGAAGAAAAAAAAAUGCUGAAUGUGACUCUUAUAUUUUGAUAAAAUGUUUUCACUGUGUGCCUUUUAAAAUUAUGCUAUUUAUAUAUUUAUUCAGGAGCAGUAGAGCAAUAAAUGCUUUAUUUAACACAAGUAUAAGGCCUGCUGUUGAACAUGUCCACAUGUCCUGCUGCAUUUCUCAUGAUCAAUAGCACGUAAUGGCUAAGUUAACAUGGUCUGACUAAACGCUGUUCUGUACAGUGAAUAUGUGUGUGGACAGUAGCUAUAAAUUUAAAGCUUUUUUUUUGUUUUUUCCUCUAGUUUUAAUGUUGUUUUUUCUAAGGUUUCAACUCUUAAACUUGUUGUUUUAUACUUUACCUGUUUGAUAAGGACAGUGCUUAAACUGCAUGGACCUUUAACUUGUUAAAGUUUCUUGCAUUUUAUGUGUUCUGACAUUAAAGGUUUUCAAAUGCAGGCACAUCGGCUGUUUACCUUGUAAUGCAUGAUUCCAAAUAAUGUAAUUUGGGUAAUAAAUUAAUAAACGUUUAAAGCACAAUGAAUGUUUUUGCAUAAUUUGUUUCUAUAUUGAACAAAUGCAGUGUUUAAGGCCAUGGUAAAACAAAAUGCACAUUUCAGUUCAAAGUUGUAUUUGUUUGAGAAUAAGGCUGCAGAACAACCCUCUUUGCAGUGCCUCUUUAUCCCUCCUAUUAUCCUCUUAUCUGCAAUUCCUUUUCAUCCCAAUCAUUUUGCUCAUUCCUCUUUAUUAUCACAAGUAUCCCACCCAUCCUCCUUAUCUGUAUUUAUAACUUAUUUUUAUCUUGCUUAUCCUCCUCAUUCCUCUUCACUGCCUCUUCUUCACAUUCAUCUUCCUCAAUCCUCAUUACAAUAUUUUUAAUUCAAUUGAUGUUCCUCAGAGAUAGUAAUGACCCACAGUUAUCCCACUCAUCCACCUCAUGGCUCUUCACAACCCCUGCAUCUCACUAAUUGUCUUCAUCUCUAUUUAAGACCUAUCUUAAUCCCUUUGAUCAUCUUCACCCAACUUUUCAAUCCACUUUUCCCACUCAUUCUCCAAUCUCUGCUUAUGACCCUUUUUAUCCCACUCAUCCUCUUUAGAACUCUUUAUGAACCAUUCCUAACACAGAUUUAACUCUUUUCAGUUCAGUUUUUAUUAACUCUACGCCAGUUCCCAAACGACGAUACUCUAGAGUGUAAUUGUGUCCAAUGUAGAACCAAUAUCAUCCUGUCAGUCUUUUCUGUUACACUCAUAUUAAAUUUUACAAGAACAAAUGAAUGCAUUAUAUCAGGCACCAUCACCCCUAGCAGUGUUAUUUGGAUCCAUCCUUUGUUCUGAUUUUGAUUUUUUUCUAUUUGUGGGAUCUCAGGUUGGCCAGGUUAUUUGUCUACUGAGACAGAACUCCCACUCUGUCUUUUUCUUUGCAGUGCCGAAGAAAGAGACUAACCAGAUAGCGCUCACCCUUGUGGUCCAUUUAUAUCCUCCUCAUUCUCUGAUCAACAUUUAUUUAACACAAACUGAGUCCGAACCAAUGUUUUAAAAACUGCACCCAGUUAGAACCAACUUUAGCUUCAACAACUUUAUCCUCAUCUUCUGUAUGGCCUUUUUUCACUCUCAUAUUUUCGUGGUGUCGUUUUGAUGACCUCUUUUGUAACAUUUUAAGGUUUGCAGGACAGAAUGUUUUAUUCAUCGUUAUGCAUGUUCAUUCUUUUCAUUUUAAAUUAUUAUGUUUUAGAACUGUAUCUCUGCUUUGGGCUGUAACUGAAUAAAUAAAGGAUUUGUUGUUUAA